UAUUUCUUCCUUUUAGGAGACUUCUUCUUCUUCUGAUUCUUAACAUAGAAGCUAAUUAUAAUUAAUUAUAAUUAGAGAAGAUAAUUAUCAGAAUUUUCGAAUUUCAGGGGAUAUUUAAUCAUAAUAAUAAUUAUUAUUAUCUUCAUCCUCCUAUUUUUUAAAAAAGGAAAAGAAAAUCAUUUGAAUUAUGGAGUUUUAUCGGUUGGAGAAGACUAUCAUCAUGCCUGUUAAGAGAGUUUGCCGUCGUCUUGCUGUUCGUUUUGGAUUUCGUAAGCGUGGUAUAUUGAUGCUAACCCAAGAAGUGCAAGCUUGUGAAUAUGAAGAUGUUAGAAUUAUGUGGGAGAUGUUGAAGAAAACAGAGGCUACAAAUGAAGUAACUCGCUCUCCAUCCCCUAAAUGGCUCAAGAACAAACGUCGCGUCCGAAACGCCUUUGCUUGGGCUAGGGGAACAUGCCUUAGCAACAAGUUUUGGUAGAUGAAUGCUGUAAUUGUUGCAAGCUUUGAAUCGUUUCACCUCAUGUUUGGCCACCAGCAUUCCAUAUGUACAUGAAAAAUUGCUUGCCUUAAUGGCUUGUGUAUGAUAAAUUUGGCACCUCUCAGUGAUUGGACAACUUAGUUCAUUCUUAGAGGUACUUUGGUGCACCUUGGUCAAGAAUUUAUCGAAAUCAAUCUAGCUUACAUAUGAUGUAGAAUAUGUAAGCUUAUGUAAUAAUGUAAUGUGUGCCACAAACACUUUGCAUCGUGGAUGCUAGCUUUUGUAAAUACGCUUCCAGGUGAAAUUUUCCCGUUUGGGGCUCAUGUAAAACUGAAACUUGAUCAUGUACUUUGGGUAGUGUAUGGAUAUGUGCUGUGAUUGAGGAAGAUUAUCUCAAGUUUUUUUCUUGCAA